ACUUUUUGUUUGACUCUUUGAUGUGAUGGCAGAAGCGUCGGCGCUAACGAGCCAUGGACUCACUGCCUCAGAAGCGUCGGAGCUAACGGGCCAUGGAGGUGGAAGUGCGAAGCUCACAUGGGCUACUAUUGACAAGGGAGUGGAGGAUGGAAGUUUGGACCAGGUAGUGCAACACCAAAUGCGCAUGCGGAGGCGGAAGAGGAAGAAAAGGGACGCCACCGCGUCCGGAACCCCGGGGGUAAAGAGGAUCGUCACGGACGUGUUGGCAGAGUUAGGAUAUGGCAAGGAUGCUGAGGUGCAGAAAAAGGUGGUGAUCGUGGUCCAAGGUCGGGUGUCAGAGGUGGUGGACGAGGAGACCGGACACGACGACUACGGUGGGGAGGAGACAAUCUCCCAGGUUCUGACCAUGGCGCAGCGUAAGCAGCGCAAUCUACUAACGGGCGGGCAAGGCUCUGGAAAGGGGCAGAUCCCGCAGACGGUCGCGGCGCCUCCGACCGCCGUCGUGAGUGCGCCUAUUCUGGCGGAGGAAGCGAGGACGAUAGAGGAGAGCCCCACUCAGGUAGAGGAGCAUGAGCAGUUAAUGGGAGGAAUGUACCUGCUUACAAAUACGCUUCUGCAAGGAGACUUUGACCGGAAGGGCUCAUUCAGUCCUAUUGAGGGCGAGGACUUCGUUCCUGAAAGCCAGGAUGAUGAGUUCGAGGAAGGAAAGAUCAAGGAAGUCUUCCGUGCGAAAGAAUAUAAUGGAAUCUACCUGGAGUUAGGACUGCUCCUGUCCUGUGAGAUGAAGAAUAGAGAUGUAAGUGAUAAGGCGCAGAAGAUAAGGCACCUGUAUGUGGUAAGAGAUGACCAUUUGUUCAUAAAGCGACAGGUCAGGAAUCCCAAGAGAAUUAUGUGCGGGAGGAACCGACAGAUCGACAUCAUCGCGACAUUGCACGACGGUAUAGCAGGAGGACACAGGGGAUUAAAUGCUAUGUAUGCAAAGAUAAGCGAGCUAUACUACUGGGAUGAGAUGCUGAACAUGGUCAUCGAGUAUUGCCAGUCUUGCGUACCUUGCCAAGAAAGGUCACCGCAAAGGCCAGGGGAGCCCCUACACCCAAGAUUGGAGAAGGAAGUAGGCGCGGCUGUACGUCUAGAUCUACUCUUCAUGCCGGUUGGGGAAAACGGAUGUAAUUACAUCUUCGAUGCGCGAGAUAACCUUACCGGGUUUGUAGAUGGUCGGGCUAUUCGCACAAAGACCGGCCCAGUUUUGGCGAGCUGCAUCGAAGAGUAUUAUCUAUGCUACCCUUUCGUCAAAGAGUUCGUGAUGGAUCGAGGAUCGAAGUUUACCUGUAACGAGGUGCGGACUUUGCUUGCAAGAGACGAUGGGGGCCACUAUGACGAGGAGGAGCCAGUGGGGCCUGUUCAGGCAGCAGGGCCACUCCCUACUCAUGGACAUGAGCAAGUGGAGUCUCGUCAGAUCACUAGCAGUGACCUACGGGGCCCGUCGCCGAAAUUGCCAGAGGAGGGGGAGGAUGUACCAUCGGAGACGCCGCUCGGAAGUCUGGAGGCCCACCUCGAUGCGUCUCAAUGGGGGACUUCGCAGUUGGGAGUAGAUCCGGUUGAACCGGCACGGUACGAGCCGGCGGAAGGGCUACAAGGCCCUGAGCCAGGGACUGAGCCGCGUGAGCCAGGGGAGCUACAGACAGAGGAGGUUAUUACCGUUGGGGACGAUACACCUCCUCAUACCCCGGUCCCGGAGCAGGUACGACAGCCCUGGCCAGAAGGGAUUCCUGAGGCAGAUAGUGGAGAGGUUUUAGCACCUGCGCCGGAGGCUAUCACUUCGCCCAGGAAGGUGGCAGAGACAGGGGGGCAGGAGGAGGACGAAAGGGCGGGGGUGCGUACGACCGUCGACUCGUGGUUAGCCGAGCAUCCGACCGAGCACUCAGAUACUGAGAUGCCAGCGUCCGAUGAGCCACCGCCAGAGUUGUCGCAUGUAGAGAGAGGGGUAAGUGCUAAGGCUCCGGCUCGAGAGACCCACGAGGCGCGGACAGGGAGAGCACUGAGAGAGACGGCUGAGGAGAAGUCUACGAGGGUGCAGGCUCGCCUCGCGGUGAUAUAUGAAAAGAAAGUUAGGAUGGAGGCCGCAGGUGUGGCGCCAACGCUGCCGGUUGAUUCCGGGACGAGUGAGCAGAGGAUCGAUGAGAUGUGGGCUAGGUACGAGAGAAGGAGGGAUGCCGCCCGCCUAAGGUCGCAAGAGACCGGACAGGAAGGCGAGAGGGCGGACGAGAUAAAAGAGAAUGAAGACUUGGGAUUUUCCGCCGCCAGGAUGGCGAUCGAGCGAGCAGAGAGAAGGAUACGCCAGGCGGCGACCACGUCAUUCCAACGAUAUACCCUGCUCAGUGAUGAGCUGGUGGCUGCAAAAUUGGAGGUGGAACAACUAUCUACUCUGCUAGCGGAGGAGAGGGCAGAGAAUCGAGCCUGGAAAACUCGUAUGGAAGUUAGGGAAGUUGAUGUCAGGACAAUGGAGACCCAAGUGAGAAUUCUGGCAGCAUAAUGUUGUGGUUUGCGUGAUUUGAUGGAGACCUCGAACCAGAGUCUGUCAGCUAAUCGGAUUGGUUCCUUUCUCGU